GCCUGAGGUCCUGUGGGCCUGUGGGCCUGUGGUCCUGUGGUCUUGUGGUCCUGUGGUCCUGUGGUCCUGUGGUCCUGUGAUCCUGUGAUCCUGUGGGCCUGUGGUCCUGUGGGCCUGUGGUCCUGUGGGCCUGAGGUCCUGUGGGCCUGUGGUUGUGUGGUCCUGUGGUCCUGUGGGCCUGUGGUCUUCUGGUCCUGUGGUCCUCUGGACCUCUGGUCCUCUGGACCUCAGGUCCUCUGGUCCUCUGGACCUCUGGUCCUGUGUUCCUGUGGUCCUGUGAACUGUGACGUUUGCCAAGACAGCUGGAGUGGUAAAGCACAUUGGGAAAGCAAGUUUCACCACCUGCCCUUGGGGCAGUGCCUAGUAAGUGUGUAGGAGGUUUCUUGCUUCUAUUGGGAUCCUAGGGAGUGACGUGAGGAUGGCGCCCCAACUGUAGGCGCUUGCGUCCACGUGCAUGGUGCUGUCGAACUGGUGACUGAGAUAUAAUGGGGAGCCGUUAAAUUUGUCGAAUGACAAAACCACGUGCUUCAAGGUCACGAAGGACUGUCGUACGAGUCGCGCACGCUUGCUGGUGGAAAUCGCAGAGAAAUAAUAGGUUGUCGACAUACAGGACCACUCGAACGCUGCUUGCCCGCCAUCGCUAGACAAGUUGUUUGAUUAGUAGAUGACUUCGAAUUGGAAGCCCAAAAAUUCCAGCAAGAGGGAUGAAUCUCGAUGUGAUGGUAUCCAGAUUUUAGGUCGAUGGUGAAUAUCCAGUUAUCUCGGCGGAUGAGCUCGGCUACACGAUUCAGACCUUCGUACUUGAACUUAGGGGCUUCAAGGUGAGUGUUCACUUUCCGCAGGUCAAGGAUAAGGUGGCAUUUUUCACGCUGCUCCACGACGUUCAGCGGGCUGACACAUGUUAGUGUGUCCCUCUUCUCGAUCGCUGCGGCAGCGCCAGUGACUAUGAGAUUGCGAAUUGUGUCGCGAGUAAAGUCGAGGUGCGUGUAGACUCCGGCAUGAUUGUUGUCCUCGAAGGGUGUGGGGGCUGCAUUCUUCCAGCGCAGCCAAUACCCUUUCGCGAUGACGGAGAGGGUAAAGCUACUGUCGCACCAAGAGCACCACCAGUGCAAGGCAUGCCGCAAUCGACUGCGCAUAAUGGUAACGUCAUUGUCAGUAAUUGCGAGCUCGUAGGGAUUGCGUACCUCUUGUGGCCACCCACUCGGGAUCUCUGCCAUAUAAGAGGUUAUAAACACGGGGUGGUAGAUGGGGGUGGGAUACUGUGCUCGUGAACGGGUGCACGAUGCGGGGCAGUGUAAACGAGGCAUGACAUGCUCGGAUCGCACUGCCACUGCCGUGCUAGGUGCUUGCAAGGUGCAAGGGGUCAUCGUCUCUCUAUCUCCCUUCUCUUUCUCUGUUGCUCUCUCUCUCUAUCUCUUUGUCUCUCUCUCUCUCUCUUUCUCUCUCUCUCUCUCUCUCUCUUUCUCUCUCUCUCUCUCUCUCUCAAUUUCUCUCUCUCUCUCUCUUUCUCUCUCUCUCUCUCUCUCUCUCUCUCUCUCUCUCUCUCUCUCUCUCUCUCUCUCUCUCUCUCUCUCUCUCUCUCUCUCUCUCUCUCUCUCUCUCUCUCUCUCUCUCUCUCUCUCUCUCUCUCUCUCUCUCUCUCUCUCACUCUCUCUCUCUCUCUCUCUCACUCUCACUCUCUUUCCUUGGCGUGCGAGGCACCACAUGCUAUGUCCGUACGUGACGUUUAUUAAGCGUGUGCGUGCUUAUCGGUGGUUGACUUCUUCCUCAUUUUCUUUUCUUCUGCUCUCCUUGUUUGGGCCACUCCUUAUUCAAGCUUUAGCGCCCGGACUCUGUCCUUGUCUCUGAUUAAUCUCCAAGUGUGUGCGUGCACGCCAUUUGUAGGGCAUCGGGCGUGCCUCCAUGCUUAGCUCUCGAGGCGUGUUGCAUGGCCGGCAAAUAAAAAGUGAGGAGUCAUGGGUGUCAAACAUCUGUAUUUGUUUUGUUUGUAUAGACUGUAUAGGGUUACCUCUUAGAGGGUACAACACUUAGGUAUAUUUGUGUGUACUCUCACUUUACCAUUAUUCAAUUCUAAU